AUGAAGCUAAUCAAGUCGGCUCUUCCCAACUGUUUUGACAUAGGGGACAUUGGUGAGACGUCAACAAGGACCCUAGGCUGUAUGCAGCCAAGCCAAUUAAAAAGAUUUGUCCGUCUGUUAAAAGAUGGUCGCUGGACACAUUCAUACAACUUGGAAUACACACCUGCAUAUAUAGUCGUUCUUAUUGGAGGUUCAGUAGGUGUGUGAGGAGGGAUGCCUGUAGAAAGUGGAAGCAGUGCUGCCGCCCGUCAGGCCAAACAGAAGCGCAAGUCCCACAGCCUGUCCAUCCGCAGGACCAACAGCACCGAGCAGGAACGCACAGGCUUGCAGAGAGACAUGCUGGAGGGACAGUCUUCAGAAAAUCUGGAAACCUACUUGAGGAUGGAGGAUUCCAAACUGCCCUUGUCAUUGAGGAGCAAUCUUCUGGACCUGUUUGGCCAGAUUGAGAGGGAGUUUGAAAACCUCUACAUUGAAAACAUUGAGUUGCGCAGAGAGAUCGAAACCCUCAAUGAUCGCUUAACGGCUGAAGGUCAAACCAUUGAAGGGGGAGACCUCACCAAGGGAGCCCUUAAAGCAAAAGCGAGUCAUAGCACAAGCCAACUGUCUCAAAAACUGAAGACCACCUACAAGGCUUCUACAAGCAAGAUUGUGUCCAGUUUCAAAGCCACCACAUCCAGGGCCGUGUGCCAGUUGGUGAAGGAGUACGUGGGCCACAGGGAUGGCAUCUGGGACCUGAGUGUCACCAGGACCCAGCCCGUGGUGCUGGGGACCGCAUCAGCAGAUCACACUGCUAUGCUGUGGAGCAUUGAGACGGGGAAAUGCCUGCUCAAAUACGUGGGUCACCAGGGAUCAGUCAACUCUAUAAAGUUCCAUCCCACUGAGCAGAUGGCUCUUACAGCCUCUGGUGACCAGACGGCCCAUAUCUGGAGAUACAUGGUGCAGCUACCCACCCCUCAGCCUGUUGCAGACAUCAGUGUGCCCUGCGAGGACGACAUCGACUUCUCGGACAAGGACGAGGCGGAGGGAGACGCCGAGGGCCCUAACGAGUGUCCGUCUGUGCGCGUGGCCGUGACCACCCUCAGGAGCCACCAGGGCGUGGUCAUCGCCGCCGACUGGCUGGUGGGGGGCAAGCAGGUGGUCACUGCCUCCUGGGACCGCGCUGCCAAUCUCUACGACGUGGAGACGUCCGAGCUGGUCCACACGCUGACCGGCCAUGACCAGGAGCUGACUCACUGCUGCACCCACCCUACCCAGCGCCUCGUGGUCACCUCGUCCAGAGACACCACCUUCCGUCUGUGGGACUUCAGAGACCCCUCCAUCCACUCUGUCAACGUGUUCCAGGGACACACCGACACGGUGACGUCAGCGGUCUUCACCGUGGGCGACAACGUGGUGUCGGGGAGCGACGAUCGCACGGUCAAAGUGUGGGACCUGAAGAACAUGAGGUCACCGAUCGCGACCAUCCGCACGGACUCGGCGGUCAACAGGAUAAGCGUGUCAGUGAACCAAAGAAUCAUAGCUCUUCCUCACGACAAUCGGCAAGUCCGGCUGUUUGACAUGUCUGGAGUGCGGCUGGCUCGGCUCCCACGCAGCAACAGACAGGGCCACCGGCGCAUGGUGUGCUGCUCCGCCUGGUGCGAGGACAACGCCUCCUGCAACCUGUUCAGCUGCGGCUUUGACCGGCAGGCCAUCGGCUGGAACAUCAACAUCCCGGCCCUGCUGCAGGAGAAGUGAAGAAGGAGGGGGAACCUGGGGAGGCUCUGGGCCCCCCAGCCUGGCCCCACGUGCUCACUGAAACCCCCCCCCCACCACCACCCCCCAUGCUUCAGCGCUCACACACCCCCCCUCUGGUAGGGAGGAGGGGGCGGGGGGCUCCCCCUGCUGAUGAGUGUUGUCACAUGUUCUCGGCCCCCUUCACCUGUGCACAGUCCGGAACGACUACCCAUACAUGUGUUUUGAGUGUGUGAACGACGCGUGGUUUCUCCAAACUUUGCACCCCACCCCCCAACCCCACCCCACCCCCACCCAUGUAUAGAAAUGUGAUUUUAGGAAUGUGCUGUUUAAGAAUUCAGCACAAUGAGAGAUGUCCGAUGCAGGGGACGAGAGGUCGGCCUCGCUUUCUUCAAAGGACGCUUUGAAGACGUGUGUUCACGACGAUAGGCAUUUUGUUGCGACACGCCUCGCAUACAUGCUUCAUGCCCAUCUUACCAGCUCAGACUUAAGAGCUAGCCUAGCUGCAUUAAUGUGCCAUUACAGCAGACUCACAUUUUCAACUAAGUUGACCAGUCCACACACCUGUCUUCUGCAACUCAAACUCAGCACUGGUCACAAACAUUUCUGAGAGCAGUUCUGAGAAAGUCAGUGUUUGUUUGUUUUUUCGUUCAGUCAUGCACCUUUUUUUGUUGUUGUUGAAGAAACAAGCAAUCGAACAAGUUGUUACAGUUUCUUGCAUUGUUAUAUUUUUUUGCCAUUGCAUAUGUUGUACAGAAUUGACACAAUCCUAUUUUAGACAAUACAUUGUGCCAUUUUAAAUAGUUGGGUGUACGGGGGAAGCUUGAACAGAAAUCGUCUUCAGCCGUUUCCUGCGUUGGUAAUGGUAAUUGAGUCUGAGAGCAAGGCUGUAUAAAAUUACCGCUAUGUAUAGGACUUAUGAACAAUACUAGGUUAGAACAGUCAUACUUCAUAAUUGCGCUGUACUAAUUAUUGAGGAAAAUCUCGUAAUAGCGUCGUAGUGCAUUAGCUGUAAUAGCUUGUUGGCUGAGUUGUCAUGGUUUUAAUGUCUGCCAAAGCAAAGCAGAGAAACGGAUAGAAAAGACAAUUGCUUAUGGGGAAUAUUUUUGAUGUCAUUAUUACAAAUUGCGUGUGUUUGAUGGCGUGAAUAUUUAGAGCGUAUUUCAGUAUAGUCGAUUGGAAUCAUCCAAAGCUGCAAACCUUACAUUCCUGCUCUGUUGCGUGUAUCUAACUGUAGUACUGUAUUUGUAUCUUGAAUAGACCCCAUGAGUACAGUAUUAGUAUAUAGUAGUAGUGACUCUCAGGCCCAUUAUAUAGCAGUCACAAACAAAACAUUUCCAUAAUUUAGACAAAAUCAGGUACAUCAUUUAACUUUCCUUGCACCAAACCAAAUUAAUUAUUGGAAAGCUUCUCACCUGAGCACCAUUUUAACUUGAGGCACAACUGUACCAUAUGAAUUAUAAUAUAUUCCCAUAGUUUUAAAGGUCGCCCGUUUUGGUUUUAGGGUGUAUGUGUGCUGCGGCGUUUACUAGCCUGUUCAUUUCGCGGGGUUGUCUUUCAUUUGGACCCGUUUUUUCAGCAAUGUUUACUAGAAGUGCAUAGAAGUCCCUGGCGAAAGCAGCUGCUACUUCUAAAGGGCUGUUGCUUUCGGCAGCUGACCUAGCUGUGUUACCACGUCACUUAUCUCCCUGCCAGCAGGGAUGGAUGGCUCCAGUGUAGGAGGGCUAGUGGACAUUAGUUUGUGCAAUAAUAUGCAAACAGUGCUUCUAUCCUGUAGUACUGGGUGAAUGUGUACUCCAGUAGUACCUUGCCAGUGCUAGAUUACGAAUGCUUCAUCAAUAGAUGGCUGAGUAAAUGUGUAGCAUCACCAGAAGGCAACCUACCUGAGACGGCAGCCCUCCUAGCAUCCUGGAUGGAAGGGAGACCGUUUACUUACAGAUCACAGAAAUAUCACCAUUUGACCUGUGAAUGUGUCUUUUUAGUUUGACAGUAUUUUCUAAUGGAUUCGUUCUCACGGAACUAGGCGGAUGAGCAUCGGAAAGCUUUCUUCUUAGUCAUGCAAAGUCUCUAUGCUUAGCUAAACCAUGUUCUGUUUGUUUGUCAUCGUUUUGGUCACGUUUCACAUCUCAAAGUUCUCUCUUGUACAGUAAUCUUGUCAAUUGUCAAUGUCACUGGAGAGAAAUGUCAAUAUCAACCUCCCAAACCUAUAGCCACACACAGUACAUGUCAGGCAGAAUCAACAGUGAAUAGCCUUGUUAACCUGUGGUGUUGUGGUGUUAACCCAAUGAUGUUUAAUGUGCUAAAAAAAAGGUUUUAACAAGAGGAACACACCACCAUGCAAGCCUCGUGAGAUGGUGAAACCAUUUUGUUGGCAGACAUUUUUGUGAGAUAGCUAUGUAUAAGGAACAAGCUUCAGCUUGGGUAAUGAAUAAAAUGUGUUUCAUUCCCUCA